GAGGUGGGGACUGAAAUUCUUUGAGAAGAAGCAUAUGCAAACAGUUGCUAAAAGAGAUGUCCGGUUUACAACACUGCGAUCAGCGUGGAAAGGGAAACUGCAGCAAAAACGUUCCGGAGGAGGCUUGCUAUCCCCCAUCCGAAUUUUUCUUCCACCACGGAAGCUUCUCGCUUCCAGCGCACAGUCUGUCCAUCCCCGGGAAGGGAGAGAACAACCUACACCUUCUGACCUGCUGGUGUGAGACACAAAUUCAAGGUGGAAAGAGCUGGUGCUGCUUUACAGUGACAACCUUGCAAGGGGACAUCUGUUAGUGCCCACAAUUAAUCCCUGUCUUCUCUCUGCGGGAUCACCCAGCAGAUAUUUGUCUUUCCUGCGAGUCCCAGCCAGGACAACGCCUUAAAUUCUGUUCAAGCCCAAUAAUCACCCUCUCUCCCCUCCUAUUCUGCCUUUCCAAAGUUCAUUGCUGAGUGAAACUACUGAAAAGAAGGAAGAGAAAGGAAAGCUGCAGUCAGAAGGAAAGGGAUUCUCUCCUCAGAAAUAAACAGGCAAAGAGAGGGAAGUGUGGACAGCGGAGAGAUCGCAGCAGAGAUACCAGGGCAGGAACUGCAGGCAGUGGAGAGAAGUAGAGACUAAACGGAGGGGUGGGAGGGGAAUAAAGAUAAGGUGAUAGAAAAUAGAAAGGGGGGGAGAGAAAAGGGGAGAGGAAGCGCACAUGCGGUGUCCCCAAGUUUGGGCGCGGAGACAGAGCUUGUUGCUUGUUGUCUGACAAGCCCAGCGCUCCGGGAAGGACAGUAUCUGUUUAGAUUCGUGUCUAAAUUUAAACCCUGAUUGCCUGGCCUCCCCCUCCUCUCCCCUCCCUUCCCUCCCUUCCUCUCACCCACCCGCCCUUCUUCCUUGUUCAGUGCGGGGCCGCUGGCCGGGCUCUGUCCGCUCGGGCUCAGCUCAGCCGGGAUCUCUCCCACCCCUUCCACGGCUCCGCUCCGGCUCGGCUCUUCCCACUGCUAACGGGGAAAGAAAGGGGUGGGGAAGAAAAGCUUGCCCCGAGGACACCUCUCUCUUGCAGGACAUGGAGAACAGGCCAGCAGAGACCAACUCAGAGGUGGACAAGUCAGCAUCACCCUCAGUGGCUCAGCUAGCAGGGAAGUUCAAAGAGCAAGCAGCCAAUAUCCCUGGAAAAGAGGUGCCACCACAUAAGCCAACUCGGAGGAAACCACCCUGCUCCCUUCCCUUGUUUUCCCACAAAACUGAGACAAGUGACAAUGAUGAGCAAAAGCGGUCACCAAAUGCUUGCCCCAUUCCCAAGGUCAAGGUGAAAAGCUCACCCAUGAUUGAAAAGCUGCAGGCCAAUCUGGCUUUUGCUCCAGCUGCUCUGCUGCCAGGAGUGUCUCCCAAAAGCCCUGGGAUGAAGGUCCUGGUUUCUCCAUUCAGCACGCCUCCCUCAACGCCCACCAGCCCAGGGACUCAGUCCCAGCCCAGCGAGACGCCCGUCAGCUUUGAUCAGCCCCCAGAAAGCACUCAGCUGCAGUUCUACAACAAGGUGCGGACGCGAGGGUCGAUCAAACGCCGGCCUCCCUCCCGCAGGUUCCGGAGAUCUCUGUCCGAGUACGGAGAUGGGGAAGAUCUGGGGGUCAGCUUGUCCUCUCCAGAAAAUGGUGCCAGGGAAGAUGAGGUCUUUGGGCCCAAUGGCAAGACAGAGGAGGUGGAAACAGGGAGCAAAGAGGAAAAGAAAAAGUCAGGGUCUGAUGAGAAGCCGGCAUCAAGGACAGGAUCCAGCAGAUCAGAGGAUGAAGAAAAAGGGAACAAAGAGCAGAAGAAACAGGCAGAGUCUGAUGAGAAGCCCCCAUCAAGGAGAGCAUCCAGUAGAUCAGAAGAUGGGGAAAAACAGGCAGAGGAAAUUACUCCUUGCAAGAAUAACACAGGGAAUACAAAAGAGGAGGAAGUGUGUCAUGAUGCCCCAGGAGAGGAGAACUCUCCUCAGCCUCCCUCUGGAAACAAUGAGAUGUGUGACCGUCCCCAGGGAGAAGAGCAGCAAAGCACUGCCUGUGAACAAGGAAAGGGAGACAAGGAGAAGGAGGAAGCUGAAGCUGAAACAAAGGAGAGCAGUGAGAGCACAAACACACAGAAAACAUCAGACACUGAAGAAGCAGCACUGGCACCUGAACCACAGCAGGAUGCAGGGACUGCCAGUGAGCCUUCAGUGUCAGUCACACAGGACCAGGGCACAGCGUAGCUGUGACACACAGGUAAGAUGUGAUGGUGACUCCUCAGGCACCUGAGGGUUUUGCUGUCAGCAAAAAUGGCAACUGUGACAGAACACAACAACGAUUUUGCUGCUCCCCACAUGUCAAAAGCCUCAGAUGUUAGGGCUGCAGAGACUGUGAGGCAGGGUACUCAAAACGACCAGCCCUCCUGGGUGAUGUUACAAAGCAGAUGGAAAAGAAGCAAAGCUGAUUCUGGAUUCAGUAUAAUGGAGAGGCUCUGCUCACCAGGCACCCUCCUGCAUUGCUGUUUUGAAAGCAAUCUGAAAGUACUUGCAGUAAAAAGCACAUUUCCCCUGCUGUAACCAUGUAUACACUAUAUCAAUAUGACUCCUUAUAUAUAAAUAUUUAUAUGUGUGCACACAUUGUAUGUAUACAUGUGUACAUAUAUAUAUUCCCUAUGUGUUUAGCUUGUUAGCUUUGCCAGCAAAUGCAGGGCACACCAGUUUCAUGGUCAGCUGUGAAAGCAUGCAGGCAUGGGCCUUUCCCACUGAAAUAAAGAGGAUUUCCACUGGCUGAAGCAGCCCUUGUUCCAUAAACCUUCUUGUGUGUUCUGUAACUACUGAUAACAUGGCCAGAUGCCUGAGGAUAUGUCUCAUCCCACCCCAACCACCUCCUCUUCAAAUGCUUCCUUGGUUUGGCAAGGAGCAGCUGAAGGAAGGAUUCUGGUGCUCGGGCUGCAGCUCACCUUAACACAGAAACCAUCAAAGUACCCCCAGGUACUUUGCUUAGACCCAUGAUUAUUUUUCAUUAUUUCCUUACUUAUUUUCCCCUCUCAAAAGGACAUACCAAAUCAGGGCAGAGAAGAUUUAACACGUGGAUAGGAGCCACCUAACCUAAUUGAGAUGGAAACUACUGGAAAACCUUCAGUGGCGGGAGAGGAGCAGAAUGCAGAAAUCCCCUGAGGUCCAGACUCAUCACAGAGCUGAGUGGCCACAUUGUAUUUUGGGACAGCUGGAAAAAGAGACUGUUUGCAAUCUCUUUGGAGUUCAAGACUCAGGUGUUGGCUUGCAUUCCUUGGUGAUAUUUGGGGACUAAGAGACCUGAUACUUGCUGUCCUGAAGCCAACUGCCACCACCACUCACGGUCCUUCUGCUUCUUCAUCCUGCUCCAAAAUGUUUUUUUCUCCUCCCCUGCAUUGGUCUCAGAUGAAGUUCAUCAGUUAUGUACAUACAUAUAUGUAUGGUGCCUUUUUGGUAGCUUCUUUUAAAGUACUUUGGGUUUUAAACAGUUUGUUUUCUCCAUGUGUGCUGUAUGGCAGACAAUGUGAACCCUGAACACAGGAAAAACUCCUGGAACAUUGAUCAUAAAAAUACAUAAAUAUAAAAUAUAAAAAUAAAAUCCCUUUGGAGUGGGGCUGAUCUGUGAAACAGCCACUUGUGGUAGGCUGGUAGGUCCUGCGUGCUUCAGCUUUGGGGUGCUUUUAGUGUGGUGGAAAAUGACAACUAGCAGAUUGUAUGCAAAGAAAAGAUGUGCUGAGUAGGUCAAUAGGGCAUGUUCUCUUAUCUGGCUCUGGGCUCCAUUCCAAAUUUAGAAGGGCUGCUUCUCACUUCCAAACUCUAUCCAGUCUGUGAUGAAACUUCUGGUGUGUGGCCACCAAGAGGCACUCAUUAUAGAAAGCAUCCCAGCUUCCUGGAAACAGCCAAUUAAUUUUGUGCAGGUCAAAGAAGAAGUCCUAGCUGGCUGAGUUUCCAAUGGAGUUGUCAGGCUGAAUUGGCCAAGCUCAGGCAGCCAGUCCCUCCAAAGUACUUAGGCACUGUACUAGAUUUGCAUUCACUCCUGGGCUACUAAAAGUCGUGGCCUAGCAGUCACUAUGAUUUUAAUCUGGACAGUUUUUGGGGGAAGGUGGAUGUCAGAUCUCAUUUGACCAGAUUCCUGACAGCAGUGCCUGAAGCUGUGUUGGCCACACAGAACAAAAUGUCCAUCCUGUGACAUGGACUGAGGCCACACUUGCUGAGAGCCAGCAGCACUUUCCCUCCUGAAUUACCAUGAGCAAACACGACCUCCCCACCCUUUUGAGCUUUGCUGUGGAGCAUUGUUGCCUUUGAAUCCACGUUGAUCUGCUUGCUCUAGCUUGUGUUGCAGGGCAGGCUGCGAUCAUUGGCUGUCCCCUGUUUCUUCUCUCAGCAGUGUCCCAUGUGGAUGAGAGUGGUUGUGCCUUACUGUACAAACAGAUACAUGUGUGCCUGUGUAGAGAAUGUGUAUGUGUGUCCCCAGCACGGGAAUGGAAAUCCGAGGGAGAAAUGGAAUAAAUAAAUGGUGGAAUAAAACCAAAGCAAAACAAAAA